AGUGCCCACAGCUUUUUUAUUUAGCGUUUUAUUAGAAUAGAAAGCGAAAGUAAAACUCGGCUCACACUUCUACAGCUGAUCUGAUCUGUGCUGGCUGCUGUUCACUGCCUCUCACAAUGUUCAGAUUCAGCUCGUGGGAAGAUGAGGAAGAUGAUGACUCCACUUCAACAACAGGUCAAGUGAAUGCUUCAGGAAACCACUAUCAGUGGCAGUUGUUUGCUGGACAGCAGUGGUCUCAGAUUUGUAAUGACCAUAUAAUCGAGUCUCACUAUUGCCAGCCAGGAGCAAGAGGGAUGACCAUCUAUACCAGCUUGGGGUCUCUUCACAUAGACUUUGAUGAUAUGACAGUAAUGGGGCCUUUCGCUGGACUUAGUGUGCGACGACAAACAUUUCUAUCAUCUAACCAGAGUCAAGAAGUAGGAUGGUACUAUAAAGACAAUACAUACUGGUGUGAAUAUGGAUCACAGGGAUCUUCAGUAAACAGCCAUGACCUGGAGCAGCAAUACAACUCCAACCCCAGAGGCUCCUUUCAGUUUAAAGUAGGAUCCACUGCCUACAAAUUGGACUUCUCUGCCAUGACCCAAACCAACCUGUCCACUUCGAUGAUCAGGAAAGUGCGGAGGCGGCCAAAGUUUAACUCUAUAGUCUCUGCAAACAGCAGUUCUGUGGCUUUUGCAUCAUCUUCACUGUCCACACUGUCCCUUAAUCCACCCACUGCUGUCACUUGGGAGUUUAUUGGUGAUGAAGGUGUCUGGACAGAAUAUCAGAAACCUGGUUCUUCUCUGGACAGUAUGGACAUAGAGAAGCAUUAUCAGCUCAACCCACAGGGCCAGCUGAAUUUUACAGCUGGCCGAUACACGUACACCCUCUAUUUCAGUGGAAUGUAUCAGAUCAAUAAUACCUUUGGAACAAAGCGGCACAUCAGGAGGACAGGUGGUGGAAAUCAGCCCAAUAACAGCGCUCUGUCUCAAGCUCGCUGGCAGUUCAAAGACAUGGACGGCUGCUGGAAAGACUAUGUUAAAGGCAGUAGUCGGGGCAGCUGCACUGUCUCCAGUCAGGACAUUGAGGCUCAAUACCAGCAGAACAGCACAGGCACUAUGAGCUUCAGCACAGGAAAGUUCAGUUAUCAACUCGACUUCUCAGCCAUGGUCCAGACAAACCUUUCCACUAAUACAAGGAGGCUAGUCCGUCGCCUGUGACGCUGUGCUGGCCAGUCCGACACUGUGAGCAGUUACAGCUGAAGAGCACAUGUGAAAUCUCUCAGGAACAGUGGAGUUUACUGUUCUAUCUGACAUCAGUUUACUUGCAUCUUCUAAACGCUUGUGUCUUUCAAAUGUCUCUACCACAUCACUGCCUUAUGUUGCUCAGUACCUCUUACUAACUCGGACUGCCCAGACAUCCAGCAUUCACUUUCAAUUUCUGCUCUUUUUCUCUUUACAAGUACUGUUUCAAGAAAAAAAAAGAGUCUGGCAUAUUUGUGUUGACUGGGUUGCUGGAAUUAGGUGACCACUGCCAUUUUGCUGGUAUUUUAAGAGGAGCAUCAAUUCAGAUGAUUGAUGAAGGUAGCAUUUCCCAGACUACUGGAGAAAGUCACUUACCCUUCUAUAGCACUGCAUUCUUCAUGGAGAUUUUGUUUUCUUUUUCUUCUAUCGUGGGCCAAAUGGUUUGCUUUCUUUCAUCGCUUUGUUUUCUUUUUCUUCAUUCAUGGGCCAAAUGUACAUUUUAAAUGUACUUAGCUGUGAUAUUCCAUUUUUUCAAAGCCAUUUUACAAUGCACUUUAUAUGUAUUCCUAAUAGGAACCUUGAAGAAUAAAAUUAUUUUCUCUUA